GGCAUUCAUGAGCAGAAAGCCCAGAUGUCCUUGGGGUAAAUGCAGGAGUGGCAGUCCUCCUGCAGAGGGCGGCAGCGGCGGGGGCUGUGCCCCGCACAAGCAUGGCGGGCGGCCGUCAACAACCCGGUGAAAUUGCCCCGACCCCGAUCCGGAAGCGCUGCUCAGGAGUUAUGUCACCCCACGUGACCGGGCUAUUGUGAAGUUGUCGGCGGGACCGGUUGUACCCCGGGGGGAAUCGGGUGUCCUUGACAGGUUCCGGGUCAUCCUGCUGGCCCGCGAUGUGGGGAGGGGCCGAGGGGCGUCUGUAGUUUGUGGCCGAGGGGCGGUGGUUGGAGCUGCCCGGACGGCUGGUGGCCCGGAUCAGUGUUCGCCCCCCCUCCUCUCCUCCCCUCCUCUCCUGCCCCUCCCCUUCCCCUUCCCCCUCCCCCCCCCCACCCGCCCCCCCUGCUGUUCGGGUUCACCCUCAGACCCGAGUCCCCGGUGCUCGGUGGCGAGCCGCCGCCGCCGCUGCUGCUGAGGAGCUUCAGCCGCUCGACGAUGCAAGGAGGGGACGUGACGGUCGCAGCUUCAGCCUCCAUGAAAGUGCCUGACCCCGAUGUGAAAGCAGAAGCGCCUGUCCACAAGCCGGUGGGAAGAGGAAGAGGCUGGCAAUAUAGUGAUCAUAUGGAGAAUGUAUGUGGAUACUUGAUGAAAUAUACUAAUCUUGUCACAGGCUGGCAAUAUCGAUUCUUUGUUUUAAAUCAUGAAGCUGGAUUACUAGAAUAUUUUGUCAAUGAGCAGUCCAGAAGUCAGAAGCCAAGAGGCACUUUACAGCUAGCAGGGGCUGUCAUCUCACCAAGUGAUGAAGACUCUCACACAUUUACUGUCAAUGCAGCUGUUGGAGAACAGUAUAAGCUAAGAGCUACUGAUGCAAAAGAACGUCAACACUGGGUCAGUAGACUUCAGAUUUGUACUCAGCACCACACAGAAGCUAUUGGGAAGAAUAAUCCACCCUUGAAAUCAAGAAGUUUUCCCUUGGUUUCUCAAGGAAGUAGUUCUCCAGGUGUGCAGAGAAGAGCAAGUCAGAAUGCUGCAGCUUUUUUUGGUGUCACUCAUCAUAAGACGCAGGGACUGUUAAAGCGAUCCCACACCUUGCAACCUGACCAUUUGGCGGAUGUUCGAGAGAUGAUGAACCAGGCUGAAGGGCAACACAAGGAAUUGGUCCGAACUAUUGAAGGACUUCCUCCCUUUGGAGAACAAAUAUCAUCACUGGACCAAGAUCUGCUUAUGCUCAAAGCUACCACAAUGGCAACAAUGAACUGCUUAAGCGAUUGUUUCCAUAUUCUCCACCUUCAGCAGGCAGCCAACCAGAAAAGUUCUUUUUCUACGUGUGAAAGAGGAACAACAAUUGAAUGGUUGGAGCCGAAAUUAUCACUAUCAGACCACCUCAAGAAUGGAAAUGAACAUCAGUCAUCAAUUGAGAAGGCACAGUCAAAAGCUGCUUGUGGAGAUCAGCCAGCUUCUGAACACUACCAAAUGACACGGGAACCUGAAGAAAUAAACCCAGAUGAUGAAACAGAAGAUACUGUUGAGGAUGAGGAGGAAGAUGAUCUUGAAGUUGUUGAAGAACAGCGUAGUGUGAUAUUACACUUGUUAUCUCAGCUGAAGCUUGGUAUGGAUUUGACAAGAGUGGUUCUUCCAACCUUUAUACUGGAAAAACGUUCAUUACUGGAGAUGUAUGCAGAUUUUAUGUCCCAUCCAGACCUCUUCAUUGCUAUCACAGAUGGUGCUACUCCUGAAGAGAGAAUGAUCCGCUUUGUUGAGUAUUACCUCACCUCAUUCCAUGAAGGCCGUAAAGGAGCCGUGGCUAAGAAACCAUACAAUCCAAUUAUUGGUGAAACAUUUCACUGCUCAUGGAACGUACCAAAAAACACAAGCAGUAAAUCAUGUUAUACCUCAUCACAGAGUUGUCUGCAGAAGACAGAGUGUUCUGAUGGCUCAGAGGGAAGAGGCCAGUCAGACUAUCUUUUAAGAUUUGUGUCAGAGCAGGUGUCUCAUCAUCCACCUGUUUCAGGAUUUUAUGUAGAGUGUGAAGAGAAAAACAUAUGUGCAAACACUCAUGUAUGGACAAAAAGCAAGUUCAUGGGCAUGUCUAUUGGAGUUGUAAUGAUUGGAGAAGGUCUUCUGUGUCUCUUGGACCACGGAGAGGAGUACACCUUUACCCUUCCUUGUGCUUAUGCUCGUUCUAUUUUAACUGUUCCUUGGGUAGAGCUAGGAGGGAAAGUUAAUGUCAACUGUGCAAAGACUGGUUACUCUGCAGCUAUAACAUUUCACACAAAGCCAUUUUAUGGUGGAAAACUUCACAGAGUGACAGCUGAAGUAAAGCACAAUACAUCAAACACUGUUGUAUGCAGAGUGCAGGGUGAAUGGAAUGGUGUGCUUGAAUUCACUUACAGCAAUGGAGACACCAGGGCCAUAGAUGUAACUAAACUCCCUGUCACCAGAAAGCGAGUGCGACCUACUAAGAAACAAGGCCCUUUUGAAUCCAGACGCUUGUGGCAACAUGUGACUGAAGCUUUGAGGGCAAGAAACAUAGAAAAGGCAACUGAACAUAAGAGCUUACUAGAGGAACGUCAGAGGUCAGAAGCACGCCACCGUGCGGAGACCGAGACGCCUUGGAAGACGAAGUAUUUCCAUCAAGAGGGUGAAGGAUGGAUCUAUUACAAACCCCUGUGGAAAUCUACAAGAGGCAACGUUGAGACAGCAUCACCAGCACCCUAGAUUCUGUGCAACUGGACUACAGCAACAUGGUUUUAAGUAAUAAGCAAUCACAACUGUAGCUGUGACCAAUGUUAUUUAACCAUGAUAAUUUCAUAUUAAAUUGUAAAAUGCAGUAAAUCUCUCAGCUGCUUUUAUUCAAUAUUGUGUGUCUGUAUGAUAUAAUGUAAGAGUGCUUAACAAUUGGCAUGUUAGCAGAAGGACUCUUUAAAAUUACAGGAAAAUGAGUGAAUUUUUAUCUGCAACUACAUUUUAUAUCUUAUCUGAAGCCUUUUGACAAUUACUUUUUGGCAAGGAUCUUGUAUUAUUUUGACACCUGUAUUUGAAAAAGGUAUUACUUUAAUGAUUGCUGCCUCAGAACAAAAAUUUAUUUCUAACUGGCACAGUGGAGUGCUUUUUUGGCUUGUUCAUGCAGUUGACAAGAAAGGCUGAAAUGCUGGACUAUUGAUCAGCCUGUGGAACUAUUGUAACAAAAAAUGCCAGAGUGACCCUUUGGCUUAAUCUAUUACAUAUGAUGCUUUUUAAAGAAAAAGUCUAUUCAGGAGAAAUUUGUCAUAUGAAGUUCCUUUAAGUACAUUUCUUUAAAAAUUGCGGGCAAUUAAGAAAUAAUCCCCCAAAAAGGGUAAGCGGAUUGAAAACAGAAUACUUGUUUCCAAAGCGUGCCUUACACUGUAUCCUUUGUUUUUUAGUAGUCUUCCAAUUAGUAUGUGUGACAUUAUCUGUUGUAGCUUAAAUAUGGAUGUUAAUUUUCGUCAUGAACUGAAAAUGUAAUGAAUUUUGUAAAUUUUAUUUCAACUUUUUUUUUGCUGAAACUGCUUAGUAAGCAAACUUCCGUAAAUACAAGCUUUAACAAGAGGAAGUGAUUUUAAAAGAAUUACUUUCAAGGGAACAACAUGGAUGGUGAAACCAUGAUUGCUUCAUGUGUAUAGAAGUACCAUAAGUUAUGACUUCUCAUAGCACAAAGUAAAUUAUGCUCUUUCACAGUGAAAAUACCCACUAUCACCGCAGAGAUUUAUUUUGCUUAUUCUAUGUGUGUGGCUCUUGAGUGUUGCAAUAAAUCUGAAAUACCACAAGCUACUACUGAGCAUUUAAUGUUAUGUCACAUAAUUUAUUUUCAGUUUGUUAAUUAAUUGCCUUUGUGACAAUGAAAGCACUGUUCACAUUUCAUGAAAUGUUUUGUGGUCACGCAAUGACAGGUGAAAGAUGUUUGUUUUUCUAGUUUUUGUGUAAGGCAUAGCUUUAAACUCAACUGUUAAGUCAUGAAGUCUUCCAUGUCAGCUAAGUUUCCAUUCAUUUGUGUGGAACUUCAUUUUCAAUUUUUCUUUUUAAAGUUUAAUUGAAAUUACCUGAACAGAUCUUAAUUCAAAAGUACGUUGUUUUGUUACUGUAGUAUUAGGGAAAUAGAAAGUUCAUUCUAUGCUAUCAAUGGUGAGAUACUAAACCAGAAAACAUCAUUAUUCAUUGUAUUUGAAAAAUAAAAGUUGAACUGUACUGAUUGUCUCACACCACUUUGAUACUACAAUCCUGUAUAUUUUGCAAUCAUGUAAAAUGCACUGAAGGAAACUCAAAAUGACACUCCUGUAGUAGUAGCAAGUGUGAAAAGAUUGAAUUAAAUAUUCUGCAAAACCUGCCAA